AUGGCAAAAAGAGAAGCAGAAGGUCACAAUGCAGCACUUUCUCAAUCUUCUUUACCAUCCUUGACUAAAUCAACAGAGGUAUCACUGCAAAGCAACCCUAAAGGCACCUUGGAUGGGAAUACUGUGGACCCAAUUCACUCAUAUAUUUUGAAUGAUUUACCAAGGGACUUUAUGUCAUCCCCAGCAAAAGCAGUUAUUAAAACUACUAAAGAUUAUUUGCAGCCUCAGUUUGGCCCCAGCAGACUUUUGCAUUCAGCAGUUGUAUCAGCAGGGUCAGGACUUCAAGAUUGCUCCACACAUCAAACGGCAUCAGAUCAUAGCCAUGAUGAAACAUCAGACCUAGACAGCUACAAAUCAAACAGUAAAAACAAAUCUUGUCUUAUAUCUGAAUCCAAGAGAAACAGACCUGUCAGUGCUCCGAUGGGUCAACUGAGAGUUACAGAAUAUUCUUCUUUAAAAUUUCAGCCAGCCCAGAAUUGGCGUAGACUCUCUCAAACACUGAACUUUCAACCAAGAGUGAUUAGAGUCACAGCUUACCAAAAUGGAUCUAGAACAGUCUUUGCCAAAGUUACUGUAACAACCAUCACCUUGUUGCUGGAGGAAUGCACGGAAAAGCUGAAGCUGAACAUGGCCGCGAGAAGGGUGUUCUUGGCAGACGGCACCGAAGCCCAUGAACCUAAGGAUAUACCCCAUGAAGCCGAUGUUUAUGUUUCAACUGGAGAGCCCUUUUUAGAUCCAUUCAAAAAAAUUAAAGACCAUCUGUUGUUAAUGAAGAAAGCAAGUUGGACAAUGAAUGGGCUGAUGCUUCCUACUGAUGUCAAAAGACGGAAAACCAAGCCUGUUCUUUCUAUCAGAAUGAAGAAACUUGUGGAGAAGACCUCAGUCCGAAUUCUGUUUUUAAAGAAUGGCAUGGGGCAGGAUGGGCAUGAGAUUACAGUGAGAAAGGAAACAAUGGAAAAGGUUUUAGAUACUUGUACAAUGAGAAUGAAUCUAAAUUCACCAGCCAGAUGUCUUUAUGAUUUGUAUGGCAGAAAAAUUGAAGAUUUUUCAAAAGUUCCUCUGCUUGAAAAAUGCCUACAAAAUUCCAUCACACCUUUGAGGGGACCAGUUUGGGUCUCUAAGGGGGAAGGUUUCAGCCCCUCAGGAGCCAAGAUGUACAUCAAAGGAGUUCUUUUGGCCUUGUACCAACGAUUAAAGUCUGCAAAAAUAAAUUAUAAGCAGUUGAACCUUGCCGUGGAGGAACAGAAGGAGAAAAUCACUGAAAAAGUCAUUCUUUCAUUGACAGCAAAAGAGCACCAUAAGGCACAAGAAGAAGUGAGCAGGCUGAUUGAUGAAUUGCAGACAGCUAUCAAAAGCAACAGAGGUCAUCUCUCUAAACUUGGCCCCCAGUUACAGGCUGAGCAGGAGCAGUUCUCCUCUUAUGUCUACCAACACAUUAAAAGCCUUCCAGCAAACAUUCUUCUCCCAGGAGGCCUGCACCUCAAGGUAUUUGAAAAUGGUAAAGACACUGGAGAGGUCUCUGGUUGUAUCAGCAAAAAAGAUUUGAGGCCCAGUAGCCAAACUCAAACUGACGAUGUGAUGGAAAGAUUACUUCUCAAGAUUCACCAAAGGCUUCAAGGUUCUUCCACCAACCCACCAAGCCUCAAUUUUUCUUCAGUCCGGCUCUUUGAUGAGCAUGGUCAAGAAAUUAAGAAUCCACUUUUGCUGAAGAAUGAGCAAAAAAUUUGGGUCUCUUAUGGUAAAGCAUACAGAUCUCCACUGAACCCUGUUCUGGGUUUGACCUUUGACCGAGUGACUGCAUUUUCCAGAAGUGGUAUCACAGUGGCAUAUAAAACCCUUUUGGAUCCUAACACUGUCCUGCUACCUGGAUGUGACAAUUGGGAAGUUUGUGAGGGAUUUCCAGUUCCAGUUACUUUCAACUGUACCAAUCAGCUGAUACCUGCUCAAUUUGAAAAGGUGGAUCUGGAGAACCAUUUCCUACAGAACAAGGUGGAUCCCAAUAUCGUCCUGCAUGCUUCUGUUUCCAUCAGAAAGCACAGUUCUUCAAACAGCAGAAGUCAGAUAAUGCCGUCAACCCUGUGGCCUGUAGCCAGUGUGUGGCUAAUCACGAAGACUGGAAUGAUCCUGAGUCGAGCGAUAACUCAGGGCUGCCUCGCUAUUGGUCAUCCAAUCAGAGUCAAGGCCGCUGAGGGAACAUCAUGGGAAGGAUAUGAAUUAAUCCUACAGAAAAGACACAAUGGAGAUGAUUCUCAGAAGUGGGUGUUUGGAACCGACGGUUGCAUUUAUUCCAAGGCAUAUCCUCAGUUUGUUCUGACAUACCUAGAAGAGCUAAAUGCACAAGUGGAUGUGACCCAGACAGAGCAUCACAUUCACCAUGACACCUGGACCAGAGCUCAUCAGGAAAGCAGCAGCAGCUUAGCAGAAGAGGUCCUACAAGAUAGUGCCAGCAACCCUGGUCUGAAGCAACUGCCAGAACCUUCAGACACUCAUUUAAUGCCAGAAGGUUCUCUGGGGGAGAUGGGUCAGCUGACAGUGGCACUCGUGAGGAAACUGGAAGAGAAACAUCCUAAGGCUUCUGCUCAGAGGUGGGCCAUAAAACAAGAAGGGACCAAUAAACCAGACCAAUGGAAAUAUUCCAGAGUUGAAAAUCCUCUAUGGAACAAGCUUACCUACAUGUGGCCGGUUCUUCCCAGUGGUCAACUUAAUGAGGACUUUGACUGGCCAAUAGAAGGACAGCUUGUUCCGAACAGUCCUCCAAUGAAGAAACCCAUCUGUAAGACACCAGAGCAGUGUGUUCCCAUGAGACUCAGAGUUUUGAGGAAUGGAGACAUGAAUAAAAGCAAAGCCCUAAUUAUAAUUGGUCCAGACAUCCCACCUAGACAGAAAACUCAAAAUGUUGACAUUGAAAGGAAAGAGAAUGUGAAAAUCCAUGUCGGUCAAUAUUCUGAAACAGAAACAAACCAGACGGAAUUUUACCAACUUUUGGAAAGGUGCACUGAAAUUUUAAAUUUACCUUCUGCAGCUCAGAGAUUGUUCAAUGAGAAGGGGAAGGAAAUCUUUGCCUUAAAAGACCUGCAAAGAGAUGAACUGGUAUAUGCUUCAUGUGGAGAACAUUGGAUUAAUCCUGACCUGUCCAUCUCUCAGCAAAAAAAGCAAAUCUUCCUUAGGAACCUAGCAUCAGACAUUUCCAAAAUUCAAACCUUUUGCAGUACACAUAAGAUGGAAACUUUUGUUUUAGAAGUCCAGAGUGACUUUGUGUCUGGAGCCAAGCUUGCUGUGCAUAAACCUGUAGCAAUUUUUGGAGAAGAGAAGCAAAUUAUAGAACAAGAGGAAAAACAAAUGAAAAAAAAUGCUUCAACAACAGAAAAUGCUUCUAGGGAAACUCUAGAUUCACAUGCAAGAGCCCAUCUUCGAAUGAAGACUUGUCACACACUUCUCAGGUAUGCCUGGCAGGAAAAUUCUCGUGACUUUGAUGAGGAUGACAGUCUUCCGAAGAAAAUGGAAAAAGAGCUCUUUGAAAAUUUGGAACCACAGAGGAACACAGGUAAAAAGAAUAGUAAGUUGCAGAAGCUUUGCUAUCAGCAGUUUGAAUACAAAGAUGGGCAGAUGAUAAGCCAUGCUACUCCUCGGCUUGUCUUGGGGAUACAAGGUUCCGACCUCCUAUCUGGCACUGAGGUGGUCUUGGUGGAGAAGAAAUCUGAUGAUGGUUAUCAACGCUGGAUGCACAAGGGAAGCAGCAGGACCUUUCACCUGGUUAGCAACCCGGAUCUUGUGCUGGCAGUGUCUAUGACCAAAGGUGGAAAUGACGACCGUGGCUAUCCCGUUAUUGUUCAGAACUAUAAGCCAUGUAACAAUGGGACUGCCAAUCAAAAGUGGCAUUACAUGGAAAAUACGAAAAUGUUUAUUGCCUUUCAUAGUACUGUGCUGAAUAAGGAAAUCACAGCAGCAAAUUAUGCUGGUAUUUGUACAUCCUCUGUAGUUAAAGAACACAUUGACCAACCUGGAUACUGUUAUCACUCACCUGGUGGCAAGAGAAAAAUGAUGCUGUGCUUGGCUUGUGGACAUUCCAUGAGAGCAGAAAAGGGACUGAAACAGUUGCUUCCUGGGAUCCCAUUCCUCUGUGCCUCUGGGACAGAGACCCAGAAGCCCUUAUUGCUGCGGCCUUUCAAGGUCAUCAGUGUGACCAAGGCUGAUUUAUCAUAUUACGAGGCUGAAAAAACUCUGAGUUACUAUGAAGAACGCCUAUUAUCUUUACGGAUGAAGACCCGCACACAAGCUGUAUCUCAUAGUGGUAUGGCAGCUAUGCACCAGAAGGCAGUGAAAAUAAUUGCAUACAAAAAUGGGCAUGGAUAUCGUAAUGGGAAGUUAAUUGUGGUUGGAACAUUCCCCAUGCUUCUUGCAGAAUGCACAGAACAACUUGGUCUUGCCAGAGCAGCCUCCAAAGUAUAUACCAAAGACGGAACUGCAGUUCUUACUUUGCCUGAUUUGGUUUUAUGGGCUCUAAAAGAAGCCUUUAUCCAGAAAGACUCUAAGGAACAAAAGAAAAGCACAACUCCUGUUGGAACAGAAGAGACAACUGCAAAAAGUGUGAAAGAAAAUCUGAGAAUGAAAGUGAACGCAGUGACAACCGAUAGUUUGAAUGAUAUAGAUGGGUCUCUGCUAGUCCUCGUCCUCAGAAAUCCUAUUGCUGUCUGGGUAUCUUGUGGUGAACCAUUUAUACCUCUGAAUGCUUUGCAGAAAGUAGAAAAAGUAGAAAAAAAGAACUGGCUGAAAAAGGACAAAAUUUUGAAUGAUCUGGAUACCAUGAAACACAAAAUGAGGCAGUUAAAAGGGCGGUGAGUAGCAGCAUGUCAGCCAGCUACAAUGGUUCUCACCCAAAGCCCUGUGCAGCCGGUGGUGUUGGAAGGAGGCUGGACUGAGCAGACUCAAGAGGAAAUUAAACUCAUGGAACUUAUAAGACACACAGAGGCACGCCUUUCUGAAGUCUAAGAACUGCAAUACAAAAAAGAUUCUCCAAUUUCAACUAAAUGUAGGGCAGUUCAGCAGAACAGCCUGUAUAAGCAACCCAACAGAAAACGAGUAUGGAUUUAUCUAAAUGGAGGCAGACCUGAAGAUGGAACUUAUGCCUGGGGCAAAACAAUUUCAGAGCUGCUGGAAGACUGCUCCUCUCGCCUCAAAACGUCUCACCCCGCCAGAGCACUGUACACCCCAGACGGAGAGCUGAUUCAGUCGUGGGAUGACGUAGAGUGAGACAUGGUCAUUUGUGUGUCCUCGGGCCAUGGCUUUGUAACCCAAAAAGAGUUAAAGCGAUCGACAGUGGUUAGAGCAAAUUAUGCCAGGAUCCGAAGGCAGCAAGGGCCUCAAGCCACAGACAUCGUGGUUUCUCCAUCAGCAAAGCUGCUGUCUCUGAUCAUCACAAAAUCAGACGCAAGUAUCCUCAGUAAGUGGAAUUUGGACCCCGUGGUGAUUCACAGCUGGCCCAUGGCUCUAGUUCACUCCUUGCUCUGAACACGUCUCUCCCCUCCUAAGACUAGGACCCCAAGAGAUCAUCAUCAUCAUCACCACAGUCAGUGCCAGGAGUGUCAGGGGGGAGAGUGUGGUCGAGCAGACAUCCAAGAGUUGUCCCCUGAAAGCAGUUCUAUGAAACAGUCUAUGAAGUUGGUCCCCAAACUACUUGGAAAAAGAAAAAGAAAAACAUUGUAAAGACAAAUGUUUAAGUUGCUUUUGUAAUUGAAUUCAUUGUAAUUGGCAAACUGGUAUUCUCUUUUCUCUAUAACGUGGGUAUCACACAGACUGAAAGUGGUGUGGACAGUAGUAGAGAGACUCAAAUGUCAGUGGUAUUUUCUAAGACUAUAUCUGAAAUCUUUUCUACAAAGGGGUAAAAAGUGUCAUCAGAUAUUUCUAAUGGAUUCUCACAAUGCUUUCUCGCAAUUUACAACUCAAAUAAAUCUUGUUUUAAAA